UGUAUCAUUAUACCGGUCCGCGCCGCGCGGUGUGCACUGCAGUUACUGGUCUAGACGCGCGUGUGUGGUUCCGUGUCCAGGCCUUCCCUCUAAACGUUACGACGUGCUCAACCGAAACCGCGAACACGCCGUUUAUAGUUUUCCUUCCGUCUUGUUCUUAUUGUUGGUUAAACUUGUUCUCAUUAUUGUCCCUUGGUACCGAUCCAUCAGCAGCAAAAGUCUUGCUGGGUGCUUACAGUUUGGUAUUUAACCAAAACGCGGAUCACGGAACCCUUGUCAAACGACAGUGCAAGAGUGUUGGUGAUUUAUGGUGGUUUAACAAGACUAGUGAUAGGAAAAAGUUUGAACUGGAUUUAUUGGAUCGUAUGAUGUCUGAGUUAUCAGCAACUAGCUGAUAAUAAUAGAAGCAAUAGAUUAAAUUGAAUGAGGAUUGUUUUCGAAAUAAGUCAUCAAACUUGGUGGUUAGCCGACGGGCAAUUAUCGCUAAUGAUUCGAGUCUUAAUGAUAGUUAUUUAUAACAUCUGUGCCGUUGUUCAUCACGGAUUUUAUUAAUUUUUUGGAGCUUGUUAGCUCAUCAGUGUUUUUUUACAUCAAGUGUUUUUGAAAUAGUGUUUUAUUAGCGUUCAUUUUAUCAGCAUACGGAUUUCAACAAUAAAUAUUUUUUUUAUAAUUAACAUGAAGAUUAUUUAUUAUUUAGUGUCUGGUAGCAUGACAAGCUGACGCUAGUGUACCGAGUGUCCGAUUAAUAGGAUCGGUGAGUUAUAUUUAAAGAUAACUCAGGUGUGUAGUGGACGUGUUGGCACAUUUAAAUAUUCAUUUGUGCGGAUGGUGUCGCGAGUGUCUAGUGACAUUAACGUCAAGUGGUUGGCUAUCCAGGAAUAAAGCAUCAGCAACACGAAACGAAAGCGUAUUAUUUUUACUAGAUAGUAUUAUAAAGUGCUCGAGAUCACAACAAGGGCACUAGUGUCGUAAUGUCAUAAUCUGGUCAGGAUUGAUCAGCAAAAAUAAAUAGUUUGGUAAAUUAUCCCCGAGUUGAGCCGACGCGAAAGCAUCGGCAAGCUCCAAGAUUCGGGCUCCGUGCGGCUUUCGAGUCGCCGCGACGUCGGCUGGAGCCGCGUACGGCCUCGACGUUGCUAUUAAGGUGGAUCGUCCGGGCAGCACGACGACGCUCAACUUUACGGACCUGGGGAGCCCAUUCGGGGCGGGCGACCCCUGUCCGUCGAGCACCCCGACCCCGAACAGUAUGUCGGGCGGACCCACGUCGGGUGCUGGCGCUGGUGGAGGAUCCGCCGGUGCUGGAGGCAACUCCGACAUGGACCAGCAUCUCCACCACGGCGGCUUGGGCUCCGUGACCCCUGGACCACCUGGUAACGGUGGUGACAGUGCCUCAAGCACUCCGGUAUCACAGUCCGGCAAGAGUGCGUUCAUCGAGCUCCAGCACAACAAUUUAUACAACCCCGCGAGCCUCAGGGGUGGCUACCCCGGUGGGCACAAUGUCUCUUCAGGCCACCAGUUCUCACACCAAGUCGGCUCACUGGGCCACCAGAGUUCGGGCCCCGGUAGUGGGAAUCAGCAGCACUCCGACGCGGGUUUUCCCAGUCCCAGAUCUGCGUUAGCUGGUUAUCCUUUUGCUCCAAUGCAUCAGCACAAUGCCUAUGGAUAUCACUUGAGUUCUUACGCACCACAAUGUCCCUCACCGCCCAAGGACGGUGAGUACCCAAACUGGUGGUGUAUGUUCACAGACCUCUCGCCAUUGGGUGACAAGGGCGGCAGCCUAGUAGACGAACUGGGCGGAGGUGGCGGCGGAUCCCUCAGAAAUGGCAAGGGCAAGAAAAUGCGAAAGCCGAGGACCAUUUACAGCAGCCUGCAGCUCCAGCAGCUGAACAGGCGGUUCCAGAGGACGCAGUACCUCGCGUUACCUGAGCGAGCCGAAUUAGCCGCCAGUUUGGGGUUGACGCAGACACAGGUGAAAAUCUGGUUCCAAAACAGGAGGAGUAAGUACAAGAAGAUGAUGAAGGCUGCGCAGCAGGGCGGCGGCGGGCCUGGACAGCAUGGCAAUCUCUUGGCUGGUGGUCCAUCACCUCAACCUGGACAACCUGGGGGUCUUAUGCAAGGCGGUGGAGGUAGUUCAGUAUCCGGAAGUCCAACGACAGGUUACCUGGGCGGAAUAGGACCAGGGGGAGGCGAGAACACCCCGGGGAGUUCAUCCCCCGGAAGCGAAAUGUCGCCUCAGCACAACGAGAGCCCGCCAGCGUCAGCCUGGGCCACAGAGAUGAAACACCAUCCGCACUCCCACGCUCCGCCACACACUCACCAUCACCCUCACACGCCUGGGCACCAUCCACCCCCGCCUCCGCCCCCACCUCAUCACGGAGGAUACAUGCCUCAGUAUUCGUGGUACCAAACGGACCCCAACCCUGCUGCAUUACUCACGUGAGUACGGGUCUGGCCCGCAGUGUAACGAAGACGAUGGGAACUCUAGAGUCCAAAUAAUUAAUCAAGGACUUGGACAUCCAGCCCGUGAGACCUGAGGUCCUUGCAGAUCCCGCUGCCCUAAAGAAAAAAAUUACAAAAGGUGCGAAACGUUUGGAAACACGUAAGCCGUCGACGAAAUGGUGCCCGAGCGCUCGACCAUCUUCACAUGUAAAUAAAUAAAUAAAUAAAUAAAUUAAUUUAUUGAUUGACAUGUCAACGCGGAAAUAAAAAUAACUAGACAGUAAUUUAUAAAUUUAAUUAUAAACAAAAAAAAAAAAAAAAAUAAAUCCACUAAUGUAAAGUUGGGCAAUUUGACCUACUCGACAUCUUCCGAGUCUCUCGCAACAAUACUCCAGGGUAUUAAUCCAAUCUACUCCCCAGCAGAUUACGGUCUCGCGCUUUCAUCUAGUGGCUAGACCCGGAGUAACCAACGACGACAAUGUUUUUAAUUUUUACACAACAAUAUUUACAUCGGGACUCACUCGCGACUCUCCUCUAUUUUACUCAGCUCAGUUUAGUUUUUAUUUCGUAAAAAGUUUAGAAUUUAAACGAACUAUUGCACAAAGUGAGUCGCGGAAACUCGCGAUGACGGCAUCAGUAUUUCGUAAAAUUUAAAUUUAAACCGCUUGAGGCGACACUUGAAUUAAUUAUUUUUGAGGUAAUGAGUAAUUGCAAUUUAAAAAAAAAAGUUAUGAACAAUCGUGAUAUAUAUAUUUAAUUAUUGCCAUUGGUCUGUCGUCUUUCCGCGUUAUGAAAUAAAAAAAAAUUGUUGGGAAAAAAAUGAACUUUUUUAGAGAAAAAAAUAAAAUGUUGAGUUCUUUUUUUUACGGUACUUUCUUUUGGUUAUUCCUUGAUACAAGUGUCCUGUACUGGGGUAAUGAGUAAAAAAAAUAACGAGGAAAUUGACUAAGUCGCGGGUUUGGACGACAACGAACCGUGGAAUCGUGAAUUGCGGUCAAGUUGUCGUAAAAGUUUGUCCCUCGGUGCAAUUUAGAGUUUUUUCUUGUGUAUCAUAACCAACUAACGAUAACCGCAAGGAGCGCGUGGCCUACGAUUUGCGGUACUCGUGGUACCGUAGUUACAAGUUACAAGUAACGAGUCACGGUACGAAAAUUCAUCAAAAUUUUAAACAAAUUUUUUUUCCGACAUCUAAAUUGACAGUUUUAAAUUCAAAUUCAAAAAUUAGACAUUGAAAAAUUUUUCGAAAAUUUCGAGUUCUGAUAAAUGCAAAAAAUAUCAAAAUUUCCCGCACAGAAAAAAAAAAUUUCUUGGUACGAGAAAAAAUUUAUUGACUCAAAAAAUUUUUUCUUGCUCUGAGAAAAUUCAUUCUUGGGUUGGAAAAAAAUUUUCUUGGGGCGAGUAAAAAAUUUUUGUGCCAAAAAAUUCUUUUUUUUCUGUGUGGUUGUUUCAGAAUUUCCGAUAAAAAUAAAGUAAGCAUUAAAAAAAAAAUUAAUUAACCUGCCGCUUAACGAGUCUUGAAAAAAAAAAAAAAAACCGGAUAUUAAUUCUGAACAUUAACCCAAAAUAUUUCCUCAUUGAUACAAAGACAAUACAAAAUACACUUUUUUAUCUUAUCCAAGCCAAGUCAAGCCAUUCAACUAUAAUUAUUAUUAUUAUUAUUAUUAUUAUUAUUAUUAUUAUUAUUAUCAUUUUGGCUCUUAUCGAUAAGCAAAGCUAUAGUUCCAUGAAAAUAUUACUCCGAA